CCAUCAUCGCUCUGCUCGUACAUCCGACCAGGUCACCGCGGCCACCAACGAACGGGUGUGGGAUGGAUGGGCUGGGGAGCUAGGGCUUGGUCUUGGGCGGCAGAGGGAUUAGGGCGAGUGGAGGGAGAGUUCAGGCGAAGAAGGGGACUACAGACGCGCAUACACCUCCCUCACGCCACUAUCGCCCGACGCGUGCGUUCAUGCGCGCAAGGACGCUCAUAGGCUACAUGUCUACGUAAUAGUUCUUGAAUCCAUGCCUGCUAUAUGCGUCUUCUAUCGCGGUCGGCGCUGUUUUGUCCGCCCUGGGCUUCUCAGUGGACAACUUGGGCCGGAUUCUGCCGCACAUGUCUGUCCUUGAGCUCUCUCGUC